GUGUGAGAUGCACAAUGCGAAACCUAGGCCCCAGCUUUUGCACCAUGAUGCACAGGGUUGUACUUUUUGUACUGAACUGAUAGGUGGCCUAGUGGUUAUGCCCUGUACUACCAUUUUGAGGAUCUGGACUCCGUUCCUGCCUUGCUCUUUGGACCACAUUGUCAAUUCACACCGAAACUAUGUUCCAACUUCCUGUCAACAAUCUUGGCAGUUUAAGAAAAGCCCGGAAAACUGUGAAAAAAAUACUUAGUGACAUUGGGUUGGAAUACUGUAAAGAACACAUAGAAGAUUUUAAACAGUUUGAACCUAAUGACUUUUAUUUGAAAAACACUACAUGGGAGGAUGUAGGACUGUGGGACCCUUCACUUACAAAAAACCAGGACUAUCGGACAAAACCUUUUUGCUGCAGUGCUUGCCCAUUUUCUUCAAAAUUUUUCUCUGCCUACAAAAGUCAUUUCCGGAAUGUCCAUAGUGAAGACUUUGAAAAUAGGAUUCUCCUUAAUUGCCCCUACUGUACCUUCAAUGCAGACAAAAAGACUUUGGAAACACACAUUAAAAUAUUUCAUGCUCCAAACGCCAGCGCACCAAGUAGCAGCCUCAGCACUUUCAAAGAUAAAAGCAAAAGCGAUGGCCUUAAACCUAAGCAGGCUGACAGUGUAGAGCAAGCUGUUUAUUACUGUAAGAAGUGCACUUACCGAGAUCCUCUUUAUGAAAUAGUUAGGAAGCACAUUUACAGGGAACAUUUUCAGCAUGUGGCAGCACCUUACAUAGCAAAGGCAGGAGAAAAAUCACUCAAUGGUGCAGUCCCCUUAGGCACGAAUGCCCGGGAAGAAAGUAGUAUUCACUGCAAGCGAUGCCUUUUCAUGCCAAAGUCCUACGAAGCUUUGGUACAGCAUGUCAUUGAAGACCAUGAACGCAUAGGCUAUCAGGUCACUGCCAUGAUUGGGCACACAAAUGUGGUGGUUCCCCGAUCCAAACCCUUGAUGCUGAUUGCUCCCAAACCUCAAGACAAGAAGGGCAUGGGACUCCAAUCAAGAAUUGGUUCCCUCGCUUCUGGAAACGUCCGGUCUUUACCAUCACAGCAGAUGGUGAAUCGACUCUCAAUACCAAAGCCUAACUUAAAUUCUACAGGAGUCAACAUGAUGUCCAAUGUUCACCUACAGCAGAACAACUACGGAGUCAAAUCUGUAGGCCAGGGCUAUGGCGUUGGUCAGUCAAUGAGACUGGGUCUAGGUGGCAACGCACCAGUUUCCAUCCCUCAACAGUCUCAGUCUGUGAAGCAGUUACUUCCAAGUGGAAAUGGAAGAUCUUACGGACUUGGGUCAGAGCAGAGGACCCAGGCACCAGCAAGAUACUCGCUGCAGUCUCCAAAUGCUUCGUCUCUCUCAUCGGGCCAGUUAAAGUCUCCUUCCCUCUCCCAGUCACAGGCAUCCAGAGUAUUAGGUCAGUCCAGUUCCAAACCUACUGCAGCUGCCACUGGCCCUCCCCCACCCAAUACUUCCUCAACUCAGAAGUGGAAAAUAUGUACAAUCUGUAAUGAGCUUUUUCCUGAAAAUGUCUAUAGUGUGCACUUCGAAAAAGAACAUAAAGCUGAGAAAGUCCCAGCAGUAGCCAACUACAUUAUGAAAAUACACAAUUUUACUAGCAAAUGCCUCUACUGUAAUCGCUAUUUGCCCACAGACACUCUGCUCAACCACAUGUUAAUUCAUGGUCUGUCUUGUCCAUAUUGCCGUUCAACUUUCAAUGAUGUGGAAAAGAUGGCAGCACACAUGCGGAUGGUUCACAUUGACGAAGAGAUGGGACCUAAAACAGACUCUACUCUGAGUUUUGAUUUGACAUUGCAGCAGGGCAGUCACACUAACAUCCAUCUCCUUGUAACUACGUACAACCUGAGAGAUGCCCCUGCUGAGUCUGUUGCUUACCAUGCCCAGAAUAACCCUCCAGUCCCCCCAAAGCCUCAGCCAAAAGUUCAGGAAAAGGCAGAUGUUCCUGUUAAAAGUUCACCUCAAGCUGCAGUGCCCUAUAAAAAGGAUGUCGGGAAAACCCUUUGCCCUCUUUGCUUUUCAAUCCUAAAAGGACCCAUAUCUGAUGCACUUGCACAUCACUUAAGAGAGAGGCACCAGGUUAUUCAGACGGUUCACCCAGUGGAGAAAAAGCUUACCUACAAAUGCAUCCACUGCCUUGGCGUGUAUACCAGCAACAUGACCGCCUCGACUAUCACUCUGCAUCUGGUCCACUGCAGGGGUGUUGGAAAGACCCAGAAUGGCCAAGAUAAGACAAAUGCACCCUCUCGGCUUAACCAGUCACCAGGCCUGGCACCUGUGAAGCGCACUUAUGAGCAAAUGGAAUUUCCCUUGCUGAAAAAGCGAAAGUUAGAUGAUGACAGCGAUUCGCCCAGCUUCUUUGAAGAGAAGCCUGAGGAGCCUGUUGUUUUAGCUUUGGACCCCAAGGGUCAUGAAGAUGAUUCCUAUGAAGCCAGGAAAAGCUUCCUAACAAAAUAUUUCAACAAGCAGCCCUAUCCCACCAGGAGAGAAAUUGAGAAGCUGGCGGCCAGUUUAUGGUUGUGGAAGAGUGACAUUGCUUCCCAUUUUAGUAACAAGAGGAAGAAGUGUGUCCGAGACUGUGAAAAGUAUAAGCCUGGUGUGUUACUGGGCUUCAACAUGAAAGAAUUAAACAAAGUUAAGCAUGAGAUGGAUUUUGAUGCUGAGUGGCUAUUUGAAAAUCAUGAUGAGAAGGAUUCCAGAGUCAAUGCUAGUAAAACUGCUGACAAAAAGCUCAACCUUGGGAAGGAAGAUGACAGUUCCUCAGACAGUUUUGAAAAUUUGGAAGAAGAAUCCAAUGGAAGUGAUAGCCCUUUUGACCCUGUUUUUGAAGUUGAGCCUAAAAUCCCUAAUGAUAACCCAGAGGAACACAUACAGAAGGUAAUUUCUGAGGAUGCUUUAGAGUCUGAGAAGCUAGACCAAAAAGAGGAGGAUGGUUCAAAAUAUGAAACUAUUCAUUUGACUGAGGAACCAACCAAACUAAUGCAUGACGCCUCUGAUAGUGAGGUGGACCAAGAUGACGUUGUUGAGUGGAAAGAUGCUGCUUCUCCAUCUGAGAGCGGCCCUGGUUCCCAACAGGUGUCAGACUUCGAGGACAACACAUGCGAGAUGAAAACAGGAACCUGGUCCGAUGAGUCUUCCCAGAGUGAAGAUGCAAGGAGCAGUAAGCCAGCUGCCAAAAAAAAGGCUACCAUGCAAGGUGACAGAGAGCAGUUGAAAUGGAAGAAUAGUUCCUAUGGAAAAGUUGAAGGGUUUUGGUCCAAGGACCAGUCACAAUGGAAGAAUGCAACUGAAAAUGAUGAGCGCUUAUCCAGCCCACAGAUUGAGUGGCAGAAUAGCACAAUUGACAGUGAGGACGGGGAGCAGUUUGACAACAUGACUGAUGGAGUAGCCGAGCCCAUGCACGGCAGCUUGACCGGAGUUAAACUGAGCAGCCAGCAGGCGUAAGGGCCAGCUUCUCUGGCAUUGGUGACAGAUGCUGCAGCCUGGAACUCUGUGCUCCUUUCAGUAUGACUGCAAAGCUGUAUUCUAACUGGUACCGCCUUUUGAGUGCUGGGUCAUCAGGCUGUGGGGACAUGUGGCCACUCCGAUCCACGUGGUUAUUUCUAAGUCUAUGACACAUGAUUGGCUGAUCUUGCUUUAGAACGUGCUGUGACAGGCACAGUAACUAAAUGUGAAAAACCAGUAAGUUGGGGGCUCAUGAACGCACACGAGAAAAAGCAGAGGUUUAUUUUAUCUGCCUUCUCAACAUUUCUUUCCCUCUGUAAAAUGUUUGGUUGGAUGUCCUUGAGAAGCGUUCUCUUGAUUCAAACGGUAGUGUAGGGCCAACAUACAAGCUACCAGUCCAAUGUGUAUAGUAGACUUUGGGGAAAUUGAUCUUUUUUUCAUGUAUUCAUUCUGAAUAGUUGAAAUGUAUAUUUGUACAGUCUUUUAGACCUAUUCAAGUGAUGCUUCUGAUAUUGUUAUUGUGUACCCAUCAUAGAUUUGUUUCUUUUUUUAGUGUUGCCCUUGCUGUGUUAAUAAGCGCUGUAUCUAGUUGACCUAGCAAAAGCCUGAAACUACGCUAGUGUGGACUUCGGGACAGACUUAGUUUUUGCACAUAACCUUGUACAAUCUCGCAACAGAGGCCAGCCACAUAAGAUAUAUAUCUGGACUCUCUUGUAUUAUAGAAUUUUUCUUGUUCUGAAUAUCCUUGACAUUACAGCUGACAAAAACAAAAACUGGUAUUUCAGAUGUUUCCUGAAAUCUUUUAAGCUAAAAUCACAUGCAAGAAUUGACUUUGCAGCUACUAAUUUUGACACCUUUUAGAUCUGUAUGAAAGUGUGUUGUGUUGAAGCAGCAAACCAAUGACUGCUGCCUUUUGGAUAUUUAGUUUUCUCUUUAGUUAAACACCACCCUGGUGUAGUCAUUUAUACCAUCUAAUAUAUGACACACUGUUGUAGUAUGUAUAAUUUUGUGAUCUUUAUUUCCCUUUGUAUUCAUUUUAAGCAUCUAAAUAAAUUGCUGUAUUGUGCUUAA